ACAAAAUAAGCAAAGAAGAAUAGCUUUAGAAACUAGAAACUAGUAUUAAUAAGCAACAAUGGAGAUACAGCAAGUCCUUCACAUGAAUGGUGGAGAUGGAAAAACAAGCUAUGCAAUCAACUCGCAACUUCAAAGAACUGUGGCAGCUAUGGUUAAGCCCAUAUUUGAAGAGAGCAUGGAGGAGCUUUACCUCACUCUGUUCCCCGAGUGUUUGAAAAUGGCAGAUUUGGGUUGCUCAGCAGGACCCAAUACCCUUUUAGUUGUAUCAAAAGUCAUGGACAUCAUUGGCACCAAGUCUCAAAAGUUGAACCGCCCACCACCCUCAUUGCAAGCAUUCCUAAACGAUCUUCCAGGGAAUGACUUCAACACCAUUUUCAAGUCAUUGCCAAGCUUCUAUAAGAAGUUGGAGAAUGAGAAGGGAAGCUCAUUUGGGCACUGUUUCAUAACCGCAGUGCCAGGGUCUUUCUAUGGCAGGCUCUUCCCUAACAAUUCCCUGCACUUUGUUCAUUCUUCUUACGCACUUAUGUGGCUUUCCGAGGCACCAAAACAGUUGGUUAGCAAGGAGGCCAUGAACAAGGGGAACAUAUGCAUUGCAAAGACAAGCCCACCUCCUGUGUUUAAUGCAUACUUGGAGCAAUUUGAAAGAGACUUCAAAAUGUUCCUCAAGUGUAGGGCAGAAGAGUUAGUCCCUGGUGGUCGGAUGGUCCUCACAACUAUGGGCAGCAUUAAAAGCGACGAUCCUCUUUGCAUUUGGGAAGUUGUUGGACUGAACCUCAAUGACAUGGCCUUGGAGGGCUUAAUAGAAGCAGAGAAAUUGGACACCUUCAAUUUGCCAUACUAUGCACCAACUACUGAGGAAGUCAAGAAGGUGAUCGAGAUUGAAGGAUCUUUUACUUUGCUUAAACUUGAAGUUUUGAAAAUGGAUUGGGACUCUUACAUAAAGAAAGCUAAUAGUGGCCUCGAUAAGCAAGAAAGGGCAACAAUGAUUGCCACUGACAUUAGGGCCGUUGGUGAACCUAUAUUGGCUAGCCAGUUUGGUGAAGAAAACAUGGACAACUUGUUUCAAAGGUUUAAAGAUGUUGUCCUUGAUCACAUGGAGGCAGAGAAAUGUGAAUACGUUAAUUUGGUCAUCUCCUUGGCAAAAAGGGGUUGAAUUUUAAGGUUAAAGUAAAAGUGAUGCUGAGAAUAACGUCCGCCAAUGCAGUGGCAGCUUUGUGGACAAUAUGUGUGUUUUGAUUAUCUAAUAAGUUGUUGUGUUGGUUAGUUUAUGAUCUGUGUUUUGAUUAUCUAUUUGUUUUGUGUUGGUAUUGCAAGUGUUGAUUGGUCACACUUUGUUUUUGCCAAUAAAUAUUAUAUCAAUCAGAAAUAAAAAUAUGAGAUCAUGAGUCCUUUUGACUUA